GUGCCUGCCUCGGUCUACUUCCUGUUUCAAAGUCCAGGAGAGGAUUGGUGUGUGGUGUGUGUUGUUGAAGCCGUCAGGUGUGUGUGUGUGUGUAUGUGUGGAGGUAUGUGGCCGUGUGUUUUUGUCGAAGUGAAGUGAAUCCGGGCAGACAGAGCGGACGGCUGGACAUGCAGGAGUCUGUGGAGUCUCUGGUCAGCCUGCUGGAGUCCUACAGGGGCCGGGACAAAGUAAUCAGGACCGUCUGCUAUGGGUCCCAGCUAGUCGGGGGGCUUCUGUCCCGGCAGGCGGACACGAAGUCGUCGUCCCAGCUCGGGAAGCGUCUGCUGCUGCUUUCGGCUCAGCUCAGCCACUGCAGGACGGUGCUGAGGCUGUUCGAUGAUCUGUCCAUGCUGGCCUACUCCCACAGCUACGGCUUCGGAGCCUCGGAGGAGGACACGGGCCUACGCUGGAUAUCGGUGCUGAACAACAUUUCCGACCAGCUCUACUACCCCUGUGAGCACAUUGCCUGGGCCGCCGACGCAGAGCUCAUCAAGGCCAAGUCUGACAAGUGGUGGCUGCUCAGCACAGUGCUGUGGGGAACCUCCCUGCUGCUGGGAAUACUCAGGUCGGUCCGAGUUCUCGCCCUGCUGAAGAAGAAACUGCAGAGAUGUGAGAGGGACAGAGAUGGCAGCAGUGGCGGUGGUUCUCCCAGACGCUCCGAGCUGUGCAGACAGAUGAGAGGUGAGCUGCUCUCCAUCCUCAGCAGCAUGGCUGACCUCAGCAACGCCAUCCACUGGAUGCCACCCGGCUUCCUGUGGGCGGGACGAUUUCCCAACUGGCUAGUGGGACUGAUGGGCACCAUCUCCUCUCUGAUUGGCUUGAUCCAGAUGAAUAGCAGCAGCAGCGACCAAUUGGACGGUUCCUCGUCUCAUACUUAUAGUGAUAGUUGACUUUGACUUUUUGAUCAGCAGUUAGUAAACGACAUGUGUUGGUGGGAAAUGUAACUAUGUAGACCACUGAGUGAAAUGAUGUGCAGCUGAUUAUCAUGUGAUCAGAUUCCAUUCAUUCAUCACAAAAUGGGAAAUAUGAUUUGUGAGUGUGAAUUGUAAUGAUUUGAAGAUGAGGUGGAUCAAACUGCAUUUAUUUAGGCCACAGCUAUAUAACCAGACUAGUGACCAGACAAAUGUGAUAUCUGUGUAAUUUUGGCAAUUUUUUCCUCUUAAUCUGCAUGGAGGGUUUCAGAAUACAGUAUGUGCAUAUUCCUGAGGUUCAAAAGGCUUUGAUCUAGAUUUAAAAACAACAACAACUAUAAAAACACUAUAGCAGUAUUACUCCUUGUAUUUUUUGUUAGAACUCUCAAACAGCAUUUAGACCGCAUGACACUAAAUCCUCCUUCACAAGUUAGACUAAGAGCAUUGUGGUUGGUUGGGUGGCUGCUCCCCGAGGCAGUUCAUUAUCUUUCAGAGUUAUCUCUGCUGAAUGACCUCCUUUCUUCCAUGAUUCGGAAAAAACAAGGAUUUUUACAGUAUUUACUGUUUUACCAAGUUUGCCUAUUCUACAUGGCGGGUAAAGCAAGUGAAAACAUAAGUUGCCUUGAACCGAGUGCGGUGUCUGUUGAAUGUUGGAAUCUGUUGCAGGUGGGUGCACUAUCGAAGCUGGUGUUCUGCAAGGUUUACAAUCAACUUCUAGUCAUCAAUGCUGUUGAUCUAAACUGCUGCGGUCAGUCCACCAGUCUGAGUUCCAGUUUGUUUAGAAAGUAAAACUGUAAUAAAUGAUCAGUCAUGAUGUUAAAGACUACUCUGGUGAAAAGAGAAAAUAUAUGUAAAUCAGUUCUAUCGAUUAUAUCAUAGAUUAUCUGUUUUUAAUAAAAUUGCAUUCUCAUUAGCACA